AUGACAGAUUUUCCAGAGUUCGUACAUAGGUUGUUGGAACCCAUACCUCAGUAUGUAUUGGGUUGUUUACCAGCUAUAGCUAUAGUAGGCGCAUCACCAACGGAUAAAUUUACAAGAAAACUUCAAUGGGUAUUACGAUGUCUUGGAUGUCCAUUUAUAGGGAUUUUUUAUGCUGUCAACGUAGGUGGUAAUAAAGAAUCACGCUGCCUAUUUUGGCUUCCAGUAAAUUACUUUAUUAAUGGCGAAACCAAUAGAAGAUUGGAAUACAGACCUGUCGGAUUAUUAUCUCCAGUAAUAUCAUUAUACUAUAUUAUAAUUGGUGCAUUGGCAGGAAUAUCUAGGACAACUGGAUCGCAUGUUUGUGAGGACUGGCCAUAUAUACCAUUAUUAUUGUCUUGGACAAUUCCUGCACUCUGGAGAAGAAUAUCUUCGGGAAACUUGGUAGUCAAAGAUCCUAAGGUGGAAUUUGAUAAUAUAAGAAUAACUAUGGUUGACGACGCUGAUGAUACGAGUCAAAAAUGGUUUACAGUUUCAUUAACUGCCUUUAUAUCAAUAGCUCUUCCUUGGAUUACGGUAUUUUUAGCUUACUUUACACCUCCAAUCGGAUACUUUUGUCGAAGCAAAUAUGUUACAACGAUCUGUGCCAUAUGGUCUUUUAACAGCGCAAUAGCAUUUUUAUGUCAUUGGAUAGGAGAAAAAGACUUAACUAUGCCUAAGAUAUUUCAUGUUUUGUUCUCUAUUUGGGGUUUUAUUGUAGCAAUUUUAUUGUUUGUUUUGGGGUUAUUUAAUAAGAAUCCAGAAUGGUGGGUAGGUCUAUUCGGGUGUUCUUGUGAUGUAUCAAGUGCAGGAUGCCCAGUAAGCCGAUGGGGAUGUUAA